CCGCCGCUGCAGUGCGCAGGAGACCGCGGUCCGCGCCCGGGCGCUCCCGAUCCGGAGCAGGAGCCCGGCUGGGGUCGGUGCACCUGGCGGAUGCGCCCGGCGGUGAGCGCCAGUGCAGCAGUCCGAGCAGCGGCCGCCGCCAGCGCGGCGGGGAUGCCCGGACGCCGGGCCCCGGGGCUGGGCCCCCGGCGGUAACCGGAGCGGGGGGGCCGCGCCCCCCCUCCCCCCGCUCGCCGGUCCCAGAGCCGCAGCUGCUGCGCCCGCGCGCUCCCGGGGACAUUCUACCCGCCGCGCGGGUCCCGCCGCCUCUCGCCCCGCGGUCAAGACCGGCGGCCGGGAGCGGGGCGCAGCGCAACCAUGGGGACGCUGCUGGCCUUGGUGGUCGGCGCCACACUGGUGUCCUCAGCCUGGGGGGGCUGCGUGGAGGUGGACUCGGAGACCGAGGCUGUGUACGGGAUGACCUUCAAAAUCCUGUGCAUCUCCUGCAAGCGUCGCAGUGAGACCACGGCUGAGACCUUCACGGAAUGGACCUUCCGACAGAAGGGCACUGAGGAGUUUGUCAAGAUCCUGCGCUAUGAGAAUGAGGUGCUGCAGCUGGAGGAGGAUGAGCGCUUCGAGGGCCGCGUGGUAUGGAAUGGCAGCCGCGGCACGAAGGACCUGCAAGACCUGUCCAUCUUCAUCACCAACGUCACGUACAACCACUCGGGCGACUACGAGUGCCACGUCUACCGCCUGCUCUUCUUCGACAACUACGAGCACAACACCAGCGUCGUCAAAAAGAUCCACCUGGAGGUGGUGGACAAAGCCAACAGGGACAUGGCGUCCAUCGUGUCGGAGAUCAUGAUGUACGUGCUCAUCGUGGUGUUGACCAUCUGGCUCGUGGCGGAGAUGGUUUACUGUUACAAGAAGAUCGCUGCUGCUACAGAGGCUGCUGCGCAGGAGAACGCCUCGGAAUACCUGGCCAUCACCUCAGAGAGCAAAGAAAAUUGCACGGGUGUCCAAGUGGCCGAAUAGCCCAGG